AUGUUGCGCCAUUUCAUGCGGAUCGAAAUCGACAACGAUCUUCUUACGGCAUUGGCGGAGCGAUGGCGUUCCGAAACCCAUACGUUCCACCUUGCGGAGUGGGAAAUGACGAUCACCCUCAAAGACGUGGCGAUCCUCACCGGGCUGCCUAUUUCUGGAGAUGCCAUCAUUGGUUCCACUACCAAACCCGAAGGAGGUUGGGGGUCGCUCAUUCGUGAUCGUUUGGGCUUUGACAUGCCGACCACCACACCAAUUCAAGGACGGGGGCAUCCACCGUUGAAUGCGGGGCAAGUGUCGGUCCCGUGGCUGGUAACUCACAUCCAGGCUGAGGUGGAAAUCAAUGACGAGACUCCUUAA